UUUCCUUUCAGAGACCAUUCUGAACGUACAUCUCAUUUGAUUUAAAGAGGAAAAUUAAAAAUAAAUAUGCCGAAAUAUUACUGUGAUUACUGUGACACAUUUCUAACUCACGAUUCUCCUUCAGUUCGAAAGACUCAUUGUACUGGAAGAAAACAUAAAGACAACGUAAAAUUUUACUAUCAGAAAUGGAUGGAAGAACAAGCACAGCACCUUAUUGAUGCAACUACAGCGGCAUUCAAAGCUGGAAAAAUUGCAUCAAAUCCAUUCGCACAGCCACCGCCUGGAGCAGGACCCAUGGGAUUACCUCCACGACCUGGUAUGCCUGGUUUCAAUCCUAUGCUUCCACCUCCUAUGGCACCACCAAAUUUUGCAGGUCAACCCCCAAAUUUUAUGGGUUUCCAAGCAAUGAGACCACCAUUAAAAUAAGCUGAAAUCCUAAUUAUAAUUUAACUUUUUUUAUAAUAAUAAAAUUGAAAUUAAUAUCUAAUUAAAAGAAUA